UUGCCUAUCAGUAGCAGCCAGUGAGCGGCUAGCUAGCUAGGGGCCGGCCGGUAGCAGCCAGCUCGUCGAGCGAGCCACCGCCACCUUGGACCUUGCCGGACAUGGAGCCAGUGGCGGCGACGAUGCUCCCGCGAGCACUACCCAUUCUGCUGCUGCUUGCGGCGGCCGUGACGGUGAGCGCGGAGAGGGCGCCGACGCUGGUGUUCAUCCUGGCGGGGCAGUCCAACAUGGGGGGCCGGGGCGGCGCCACGGUGGGCGACCGUUGGGACGGCGUGGUGCCGCCCGAGUGCGCGCCGUCCCCGCGCACGCUCCGCCUCUCCCCGUCCCUCCGCUGGGAGGAGGCCCGCGAGCCGCUGCACGCCGGCGUGGAUAUCGGCAACGUGGUGGGUGUGGGUCCCGGGAUGCCGUUCGCGCACGCGCUGCUCCGGUCGCCCGCCUGCCCGCGCGGCGCCGUCGUGGGGCUCGUCCCCUGCGCGCAGGGCGGCACGCCCAUCGUCAACUGGACCCGCGGCUCGGAGAUGUACGAGCGGAUGGUGACCCGCGCCCGCGUCGCCGUCGCAGGGACCGGCAGGAUCGCCGCCUUGCUGUGGUUCCAGGGGGAGGCUGACGCCAUGCGGCGCGAGGACGCGGUGGCGUACGCCGGGAGGAUGGAGGCGUUUGUCCGGGACGUCCGCCGGGACCUCGCCAUGCCCAACCUCCUCGUCAUCCAGGUUGGGAUCGCGACGGCGCAGAAUCAGGGGAAGUGGCUGGACCUGGUGCGGAAGCAGCAGAGGGCGGUGCGGAUGCCGAACCUCAAGUACGUGGACGCCAUGGGUCUCCCCCUUGCCAACGACAUCACACACCUCACCACCCAGGCGCAGGUCCGGCUCGGCAAGAUGCUCGCCGACGCCUACAUCGCCACGCUCUGAUGACUAGUAGUGUUCGUUCGAAUACUAUCGUUGAUUCCAUGGAAGAGUUAAUUUGGUGAUGGUUAGCUGUGGACAACACCUGAAUAAAAUCAGCUAUACUAUGUAGGAUACUUCAUGCGCAUUAUUACCGCCUUGUUAUGCGCAUUGUUGGAAAUGAAACAAUCUCAUUGCCAGUAUGAUAUUGCCGUUAUGGGGAAG